GUGGGCAUAUAUAUCUUGGCAAGUCCAACAUAUUGUUUGCUGUUAAAUGACUUUGCAAACACACUACUUAGAUCAUUUGUUAAGCAUUUUGGUGAACUCUAUGGUCACUGUUUUGUAGUGUACAACAUACAUGGUCUAACUCAUCUCAGUGAUGAUGUGAAGGUGCAUGGCCACUUAGAUUUAAUAUCAGGGUUUCCUUUUGAAAACUACUUAAAAAAAAUUAAAGGAAUGGUUAGAAAACCUAGCUCUCCACUACAGCAAGUUAUACGCAGAAUUUCAGAACUUGAUUCAACAAGUUUAAAUGAUGAGGAAACCCAGAAAGCUCACAAAAAAUUGAAAAUGCUGCACUCAGAUGGACCUGUUCCAGAAGGAUUCACAGGAGCGGUCUCCCAAUUUAAGGAACUGUCGAUAGAUGAGUUUGUCAUCAACACAUCAGAGAGGGACAGAUGUAUAAAAAUGAACAAUAAGAUACUAUUGGUUCAGAAUAUAAUUGUCUUUGAAAAUGAGGAAUAUAUUGUCUGCAAAGAAUAUAGACACAUUGCAAAGUUCUUUGAUUAUCCCAUUGUGUCCACUGAUUUGGGAAUUUGUUUUGUGUCAGAUCUGUCACCAAAGCUGAUGUGCUUAACAUUAGAUGCCAAAAUGCAGAAGUGUGUCCGGUUGCCUGUGGAGGUUGGAUUUGUUGUCAUUCCACUUCUUCAUGCAGACCCAUCCUAAAUGUCAUUCAUAGCGUGGUGUUUUGGUAGACUUUAAAGCUGAAUUUUAGAUAGUCCAAUCUUUUUCAAAAUGAAUUUAUGUGCAGACUGGCAUCACAAUUAGACAGCAGUGACAGAGUCCAGCCUGCCUUGGUUUAUCUCAGUAGGUCAUGUUUUACAUUGUAGAGUUUCUAGAAACCCAAGAAGUUGAAGUGGUACCAGCACUUUGGGUUGAAGAAGAAAUAUGUCAAUGGCCUGCUCAAUACAGACGUGAUGAAUUAGUAAAGGCCAUAAGAAGUGAGGAGCAACCUGGAAACAUGUGGGACGCAUAUUCUGUUAGAAUUUUAUAUAAAGCUGCAACCUACAAAGCUGCUCGUCUGAAACUUCCUCAAGCGGAAACACAAACCGACCUUCAGACAGCAGAGGAAGAAGCUGUGGACGAAAUUCCGAAGAAAAAGCGAAAAAGGCUACCAAACAUUCGUUUUGAGAGUGACGACGAAGAUUUGGUCAAACAAACAGGAUCGUUGCCUCCAGCCCCAAAGAUAACAGGACCAAACUUUGCAAUUGAGUCUGCAAUAAAGAGAAGAGUUCAAAAUAAGCCUCAAACCCCAAAGCAGAUGACAAGUCCUGAGCCCUGGCGUGCUGAAAAAAGCCCCGAACCCAGUCGGUCUAUGGGAAGUUCUGAAGCACAACAGUCGGGAACAGUUACUUUAAGUGGUCUUGCUCCUCUUCUGCAUAGAAUUCUUACAAAUCAGGAAAUGAUGAUGGAUCAACUAAAAGUCAUCCUGAUGAACAUGCAGAAAAUGGGCGAACCUGCUCAUGGGCAGGAUCCCAUCGACAGAGACUUACUGCCGCUGAAAGAUCUUACCUCCCUGCUGGCUGUGGAAAAACGUCUGAGGGAAGAGGCUGACCUCAAAAAAAAAAUGAUUACUGCAUUGAGCUUCAUUGGAGGAGUCGAUGUUAAGGAUAGCGUUUGGCGGGUUAUGGGGCACUGUAUUACCAACUCCCUUGGCAAACAACUUAACUGGCGUGGCAUCAAUGGCAAAACAGCUUUCCACAAACUGCAGCUGAAAGAUGUCAUUACUGGAACGGUCAGAACCAAUAGACUGACAGCUGCGGCCACUGAUCAAGAAAUUGAAACAUUUAUUAAAAAAUGGCUUCAUCUGUCAAGUGACCGAGACGGAGGGAGAAGAGAAAGGGAGAAACGGAGGAGGUCCCAAGACACCUGCUUGCAAGAUUGCCAUGAUGACGCAGAUGGGCCCAGUCAAGGAGGUCAAAUUCUUUAAUUUUGGAUGGCUCCAUUUGUCAGUGUUU